UCCAGGGCUACGUUCAGUCGGUGUUCAUCUUUCGAGUGACGCGGACGCGAUUUAGCGCUUUUUGUGGGGUUUUCGCCAUCCGGAAAAUUCUGAUCCUGUAACUUGGAAUAACCUUUCAGGGUAAACUAGCUGCAGUGCCUCGAGAAAUAACCUUUCUUGGAGGAAUCGUGUAAUUUGUGCUCAUCGGUCAACGCGUAAUUUGUGGAACCAUUUUUCAUCCCGGCGAGUUGACCCUCAUUCGCUGCAGGACGCCGUCGUCCGUCGGCUGGCGGUGUAAGGAAGGAUGGAGCAAACCAUGUCCCCACAUCGCCACCAGCACCAUUAUCGCAGUGUCCCCGACUCGUAUGCCGGUCGGACAUUGUUCAUAACCGGUGCGACGGGUUUCAUGGGCAAAGUCCUUGUGGAAAAAUUGCUUCGCGAUUGUGUGGACAUCAAGUGCAUCUACUUGCUGAUUCGCACCAAGAAGGGCGUUGAUGCUGCUCAGCGAAGAGAUGACUACCUGAAGCAUCUGGUGUUCAACCGGAUUCGAGAAACAAACCGCUCUCAACUGGACAAGGUCAAGCUGGUCCGGGGUGACAUUUUGGCCGAUGAGUUGGGCAUGAGUCAGCCAGAUCGGGCGGAACUAGUGGAAAAUGUGGAAAUCAUUUUUCACUGUGCUGCCAACGUGAGGUUCGAUCAGGAGCUAAAACUGGCGGUCAACAUCAACACAAAUGGGACGUUACGGGUGCUGAAGCUGGCGGAGCAGAUGAGAAGACUGAUGGCAUUCGUUCACGUGUCCACUGCGUACUGUCAGUGCAACGAGGAUGUGGUGGAGGAGCGGGCCUACCCUCCUCCGCACAAUCCGCUUGGAAUUUCCAAACUAGCCGACAUUGUGGAUAGCGAAGUACUGGAUAUGGUCACGCCUAGCCUACUCAACACCUUGCCCAACACCUACGCCUAUACGAAAGCUCUGACCGAAGGUUUGGUCUACAGUUAUCGAGAUCGUUUCCCGAUCGCAAUAGCUCGCCCUACGAUCGUAAUUGCCGCUUGGAAGGAACCCCUGCCCGGUUGGAUAGAAGGAACGAACGGCCCCACGGGCCUGAUGAUCGGUGGCGGUCGUGGCGUUAUCCGCAGUAUGCACUGCAAUCCGGCUUACGAAACCGAUCUCAUGCCUGUGGAUAUCACCAUGAAUGCAAUCAUUGUCUUCGCUGCGGAAAGGAUGAUCAACCAGAAUGAUCGGGAGGUCAUGUACUGCAACGUUUCGGGUGCGAACGUGAACCCACUGACGUGGGGUGAGGCACUCGAAACCGGCAAGAAGAAAUUCUACGAAAACCCGCUGAGCUUCGCAUUGUGGUAUCCUGAUGGAUCGAUCAAGUCCAGCUACUACUAUCACAUGUUGUGCGUGAUUUUGUUUCAUUAUCUACCCGCUUAUUUGAUCGACUUUGCACUGAUCGUGCUGCGGCGGAAGCCAUUCAUGAUAAAAAUACAGAAGCGAAUAUCGCAGGGACUGGAGGUGCUGCAGUAUUACACAACCAAGGUUUGGGUGUUCAAAAACGACAACAUGCGGGCCAUGUACAGUCGUCUCUCCGAAGAAGACCGUGACAAGUUUUACUUUGACAUGUCGCAUGUACAUUGGCCGACCUACUUUGUGAAUUACAUUUUGGGCGUUCGGCUGUUCGUCUUGAACGAAUCGCCGGAGACGUUACCCAGGGCUCGAAAACUGUUGAAAAAGUUGUACAUUAUGGAUAAGCUUGUGCAAGCCAUGGUUUAUGCGCUAAUCUUUUGGCUAGCCUAUUGCUACUGGGAUGUUGUGAUAGGAGCGAUUCAGUUCGUUUUCGACUCUGCUAUUGAGGGAGUGCGUAAAGCAAUAAUUCCCACGAAAACGCUUUCUACGAGGGUUUAGCACUGUGAAUAGUGUUGACGCUACAAACGGGAUUCAGUUGAAUAUGAUAUUAUAGGGAGAAGGCUUAUUUCGACACGAGGCUAUGCAGGUUCGGCUCCCAUAUCCCUACCCCCACACUUACAGAAAUAGUCAAUUUAGUGACAAAUAAAGUUAUGAUUAGGACAAUCCAAAUUCACGAAUGACAUACAGGCUUUCAAUGAAAUGUUAGUAAAUUGUAGGAUUUUAAUUGAGUUUUGAGCCAGUGACGGAAAUAGGGCCCCUGUCGGGAAUACAUGUCGACACCCUUUGUAGGUAUAAGCAGAUUUUUUUUCGCAUCUUGUUUCUUUUCCAUAGUAGAUCAUUGUGCUUAUUUUGUAAAUCAGCACCGCAAAUCACGUUCCAAUUAUUGUAACAUAAUAAAGUCUCAAUUUUUACCACACAA